UACCAUCAUCUUGAUCGUAUACUACAUCUCAGAGUUCCACAAGAUAUUGACGGACAGACGACUGCAACCUCCUUCAGCCCGGUAACACCUCGCAUCUCCGUGCCAUGACCGGCGAGGCCGAGCCAAGGACAUGCGACGCUCACUCUCGACCACGGCCAACACCUCGCACGACAAGGACGAACCUCUUGUCCAGAUCACGGUCAAGCCCACGAGAUCCUUCUUCUUCUCGGGAGAACUGUUCGAGGCGAUCAUCACUAUAGAAAAUGUGCGAACGAAGAAUGCACGUCAGGGCGGGACGAGUUCGGGGUCGAGGAUGGCCGUUGACCGAGCUAGGGCGAGCAUCGAUGUGUUUGCCCAAAAGGAUGGGGCAGGUUACGAGCCACGUCGGUCGUCGGCUGUGGAAUUAGGACCUCGACGUCUAGGGAUGAUAGGGAAACAGGACCAUGGUGAUGACCAAGAGGUCGAUCUGCCUGCGAAGUCAGGACCUGUCACGUCAUUACCUGUCACACCUAAGAAGAAGUCGCAACUCGGCGGAAGGAGUCAGAGUAUGGAUUUCACCAACCUGAAUGACCAGACCAAUGGCUCAAUUCCUUCUUUACCUGCAGGCAGUGCGAUCCCGCGAUCACACCCGCAUGCCAGACAGAUCUCCAUAGCCACACUACCUCCCUCGCCCGCUCGAUCCGCGUUUGGCGAUGGAAUAACCUCGCCGACAUCUCCAGGAGCUUCGAGCCCUAUCGCUCGUACCCCUGGUCUUGAACGCAUAGACGAGUCCGAGACGGGCCGACAAGAGAUCAAUGGGGUUUCGGCAGGAGAUGGUAACGGCGAUGGCAUAGAAAAGCCAGAGAUGCAAAGAAACGGCUCGUCGUCAUCAGAAGUCUCUGCGACGAGCGCUGCCACUUUUGGCCUUUCACGGUUAUCUUUCGAUGCAAACAUUCCUCGGACGCACCGACAAUCUUCUUCCUUCUCCCGGUCGGCAUCGGCAUUACGUCUUCAGACCGCAACCCUGGACGACGGUUCACUCACAGUCUUAUGGGCUCAGACCCGACUCGUCGGUCGUUUCACACCCUCUUCAGCCUACAUCCCCCCAGACCCUUUGCUUCCCCUGAAAUCCCUCAUGCUACAUCAACCCGUCGGUUCGGGCUCAUUACCCUCCUUCUCCCCCUCCGCCGGUCAAAGCGCUACUUCCCCGACGAGUCCUGCGUUAUCGCGGAGCAGUUCCCGGUGGAACCUGUCGUUCGGGACGGGGACCCUUGCUGGACAAGGCGAUCCCACCUUGACGGGCAGUCUCUGGGGACUGGCAAAAGGGCUCAUAGGGAGCGGGUCUGGGGGCAGCUUAGAAGAAGAGCGGAGAAAGGUCUGGAACAGCCGAGAAUUGCCCGUGUUGGAGAGUAUGAAGAGUCUGCUUGGGGUCGAGAUCAGGUUAGGACCCCUGGAGAGUCGAUCCUUCACGUAUAAGUUGGAAUUGCCUGAAACACUAGCCCCGACUUUUCGCGGAAAAGCAUUACGGUUCGCCUACGAGCUAUCCUUGUCCCUCAAUAUCGCCUCUUCCGGGUAUGGGGCCUCGGCGAAACAGAAGAUUCACGAGGUCACAGUGCCCAUCAGAGUGUUUCCUUCCGUGAACGAUACCGGCCGGCCUGGUAUCUACGAUAUCUUGGACCCCAUUGUGCACAAGAGAGAUCAGGGAAUCGUUACGGAGCCUAACGAGAAGUCUCAUGCGGCCAUCCCAGGCCAGUCAAGGGAUCGACAGCAAGACCUUGUUCGCCUUCAACAAUAUGCACAAAGAUUGACUGACGUAAACGCGAACCUGCCUAUUCCACCGGAUGAGACCGAUGUCGAGAAGGCGUCCGAUGAGGAAAGGCUUUCCGCGGACGACUCUAUAACAAGACACAUUAGGUCUUCAAAACCGGCACAUUUCGACAUACACAAGCAUGGAGAGCCGGUCGCAGAAAUUGAUCUCGCUCGAUCGGCAUAUCGAGCUGGGGAACCUAUCACCGGCGUUGUCAAGGUCAAUGAAGACGGUUGGCGAUUGCAGGUUCUCAAGGUUGCUGCGACACUUAUCACAGAAGAAGUCAUCCCAGAAUCUCUACUGCCUCCUUCUCCGAUGCACGGGGACGUCGUUCAACCCAAUUUGCGAAGAACGGUAGCCAACGAUAGCAAUGGCUUUGUUUCCCACCUCAAUCGACUCAACUUCCGAUUAGACAUUCCCCUCGAUGUCACACCGUCGACUGCUCUAAAGGCUGGACCGGAAGGUCAUCAAGGUGGAGUCAACUGGCUCAUCCAGGUUCACUUCCUCAUGCGGAAAAGAUGGACGCGGCAUCAUCGCCAUUCUUCCUCUGUGCCGGUGCGAGUCGACGAUUCACCUCUGCCAUCACCGGGACUCGGACGCGCAAACAUAGACAAACCCACAGACAGGACCGAAGUCGUUCAUUGUACCAUCCCCGUCAUCAUAUACCCUGGGCAACGACAUGUUGAGCCCGUAGGACAGGUCGUAGUACUUUCCAGUCAAUGAAACUGUGUGCGAG